GAGUGCAUGCACUUGCUUUCUCUCUCUUGCUUUUCCUCUUUCUCACCUCAGCUCCCUGGCCUUGGGAGCUGCCUACAGUCGGCGUCCCUCGCUCUUUACGAGAAGCCUCUGUGCAGUGCCCAGGUCCUGGCGGCCCAGCUUGGAAGUUCCUGUGGCACCCCUUGAGAGGCCCUAGGCCAUAGCAUUUCCUCCCAGGGGUGACUUGGUAGUGAUACGCUGUUUCCUCACUUCUGCAAUUGCCAGACAGCACAGAGGCUGAAGCUGGGGCCAGGAUCCAGACAGAGACACACAGUUCCCGCAGCUGAAGCCGCUGCCCCUGCUACAGGAACCACCAGGACCAGCUGAUCAUUCUAGCCCACAGCAAUGGAGCCACAUGACUCCUCCCACGUGGACUCUGAGUUCCGAUACACCCUCUUCCCGAUCGUUUACAGCAUCAUCUUUGUGCUUGGGGUCAUUGCUAAUGGCUACGUGCUGUGGGUCUUUGCCCGCCUGUACCCUUCCAAGAAAUUCAAUGAGAUAAAGAUCUUCAUGGUGAACCUCACCAUGGCGGACAUGCUCUUCUUGAUCACCCUGCCACUGUGGAUUGUGUACUACCAAAACGGGGGCAACUGGAUACUCCCCAAAUUCCUGUGCAACCUGGCUGGCUGCCUCUUCUUUAUCAACACCUACUGCUCUGUGGCCUUCCUGGGCGUCAUCACUUAUAACCGCUUCCAGGCAGUAACUCGCCCCAUCAAGACUGCUCAAGCCAACACCCGCAAGCGUGGCAUCUCUUUGUCUCUGGUCAUCUGGGUGGCCAUUGUGGGCGCUGCAUCCUACUUCCUCAUCCUGGACUCCACCAACACAGUGCCCAACAGUGCUGGCUCAGGAAACAUCACCCGCUGCUUUGAGCAUUACGAGAAGGGCAGCGUGCCAGUCCUCAUCAUCCACAUCUUCAUUGUGUUCAGUUUCUUCCUGGUCUUCCUCAUCAUCCUCUUCUGCAACCUGGUCAUCAUCCGUACCUUGCUCAUGCAGCCGGUGCAGCAGCAGCACAACGCUGAAGUCAAGCGCCGGGCACUGUGGAUGGUGUGUACGGUCUUGGCGGUGUUCAUCAUCUGCUUCGUGCCACACCACAUGGUGCAGCUGCCCUGGACCCUUGCUGAGCUGGGCUUCCAGAACAGCAAAUUCCACCAGGCUAUUAACGAUGCACAUCAGGUCACCCUCUGCCUCCUUAGCACCAACUGUGUCUUAGACCCUGUUAUCUACUGUUUCCUCACCAAGAAGUUCCGCAAGCACCUCACUGAAAAGUUCUACAGCAUGCGCAGUAGCCGGAAAUGCUCCCGGGCCACCACGGAUACGGUCACUGAAGUGGUUGUGCCAUUCAACCAGAUCCCUGUCAAUUCCCUCAAAAAUUAGUCCCUGCUUGUUGGUGCCAGGCCUGAAGUCUUCUCCUCCAUGGACAUCAUGGACUGAGCUGGGGGAAGAAGGGAUAUCCGCUGUGGUCUGGGCACCACCUCCGUGGGCACUGGUGGACCAUUAGAUUUGGAGGCUACCUCACCUGGGUAGGGAUGAUGGCAGAGCCAGGCUGUUGGAAAAUCCAGAACUCAGAGUCCCUUCAUCUGCCUGUGGGUGCAUGCUACAGUAACUGUGACUGAUGACCUCAUCCUGAGUCCCUUAAUCUUAUAGGGCUGGAAGGAAUGUCAGGGCCAGGUGCAGACCUUGGGGGAAGACUUUAAACCACCUAGUUCUCCCCGAUGGGGUGUCGGUCUAAAGCUUUGGGGGGCCAGGCGCAGUGGCUCACACCUGUAAUCCCAGCACUUUGGGAGGCCGAGGUGGGCAGAUCAUGAGGUCGAGAGAUCGAGACCAUCCUGGCCAGCAUUGUAAAACCCCAUCUCUACUAAAAAAUACAAAAAUUAGCUGGGCUUGGUGGCUCAGGAGGCUGAGGCAGGAGAAUCGCUUGAACCUGGGAGGCAGAGGUUGCAGUGAGCCUAGAUUUCACCAUUGCACUCUAGCCUGGCAACAGAGCGAGAUUCCGUCUCAAAAAAAUAAAAUAAAAUAAAAUAAAUAAAUAAAUAAAUAAAUACAAGCUUUGGACAAAUACUCUCCAGUGAUACAGGCAGAAAGGGUUGGGAAAGGGACACUGCCCUCACAGUGUGGCACUACCUUGGGGCAGACUUUUGAGCUAGGACGGUGCCAUCCUCUCUCCACCCUCAGGCAAAAGGUCUUUGUGACCUUUCUCAGGGGAAGUGGCUUGAUGGAACCUUCUCUGACUCCUCCGGCAACCUGUCCCUAAUGGUGACUAAAGAAGGUAACACAUGAACAGACCAAAAGCUAGGACAAGAGCUUGCUUCCCAAGACAGAUGCGUCUGUCUGCAAAGGCCUUGCCUCUAGCCUGGUCAGCUCUGGGGGAGCGGGAGAGAGAUGCCCACCUCCUCCAUCUUUCUGUCUCAACAACAGUCUCUAAUUAAGUACCUUCUGUGGGGCAGCCACCCACUGAGGAUGGGCAAAGGCCCCUUGAAAGCAAAAUUGGGGCUGGGCGCAGUGGCUCAUGCUGGUAAUCCCAGCACUUUGGGACGCCAAGGCAAGCAGAUCACCUGAGGUCCGGAGUUCAAGAUCAGCCUGGCCAACAUGGUGAAACCCCAUCUCCACUAAGAAUACAAAAAAAUUAGCCCGGCGUGGUGGUGCAUGCCUGUAGUCCCAUAGCCUGUAGCUACUAGGAGGAGGCAGAGGUUGCAGUGAGUCGAGAUUGUGCCACCGCUCUCCAGCCUGAGUGACAGAGUGAGACUCUGUCUCAAAAAAAAAAAAAAAAAAAAGCCAAAAUUAGAGCUGUGCAGGCCAGGACACCUCGAUGUCCAGGGGCUUCCAUAUGAACAGGCACAUGGGCUGGGAAGUGCAUGAGGCCCCUGGGUAGAAGGGUCUGUCAGUUCUCCCCUCCCUUGCCCUCUGGGAGGCUCCUCCUAACAUAGCUUCCAGGAGGUGGGAGGAGCAGUUACUGUCAGCAGGUGUCAGCCAGGUGUCAACUUCUCUUGAAGAUCUCUAGAUGUCUGCUUGUGAUUUUUGGCAAGUUUAUGCAAAUGAGCCUCCUCUCCUGCCCUGAGACAAGUAUCCGCAGUGUGAACCUGGCAGCCUCGGACCCAAGGGGCUCAGAGGAAACUUCUCUGGUUUCUAGAGCUCUGUGCUCCUGUAGAGAAGUCUUCCUUCCUUACAGUCAGUGUCCCUGUGGAGCUGGGACACUCAUUUCCUGUGUACCGGGCAAUCAUCGGAUUGCUGAUUUUGAGAAAUGCCUCCCGAUGGAUCAGGAACCUGCUGGAGUCUGGGAUGGUAGCUGUGGGCUAGACUUGGCUGGUGGUAUGACCGGGCGACUAGUGCAGCAUCACACAGGCCUGGGUCAAGUCUUGGCUGUGUCAUUUCCUGCUGAGGGACCAGGCACUGAAUUUCCUACCUCUUAGGGUCGUUACCUAUGAGGUUAAAGCUACCUCAUGGGAUUGUUGUACGCGGCUAAUGUUGGGGCAGACCCCUCUUGGUCAGGGUGACUGCUCAUCUUAGACCCUCCCCUUUUCUGCGAAUUUGGGCCCCUUGAUCCUCUGAUGGGAGCUGAAAGGAUGAGAGGUGGGCAUCUAGAUUCAGGGAGGCUGUUCAGGCUUUGCAGGUCCCUUCCCUGAACACAUAUAAACCCUGGAGCUGUGACUGUGUCGGUGUGUGUGUGUGUGUUUGUGUGUAUCGGGGGGAUGGGCACCUGCAUGAAUGUGGUAGAGAAAAUGGCUCUGCUCAGAGAGAAGAUACGCAUAGCAAGGCAGGGACCAGAGGAAUCACAGGCACCCGGAGAGCAGCCGGGCACCGCCUCCAGGGACCUGCUGGCUUCCCUCAGUCCUCCAGGGGCCUAGCACUCUUUCCUGUGGGCCCUGUGAGCAUCCCUUGUCAGGAUACAUUCUCUCAUUUUGCCGAAGCUGAUUUGAUUGGGUGUCUAUUUCUCAUAGUCAAAAGAGCUCUGAAUGAGGGAAGUGCUUCUGUGUUAACUCCCCGUGUCUCCUGAAUUUCAGUCAUUCGUGUACCCGCCUUGAAAUUUUUGCAAUAUCCAUGUACCAACUGUCUGUUUACUUAAUAAAUACUUUUUCUUUAAAUCAA